AUGACUGCCCUACAGUCUAACUGUCCUGACAUCAACAACAAUCACUGCUUACAGUCUAACUGUCCCGACAUCAACAGCAAUCACUACCUACAGUCUAACUGUCCUGCCAUCAACAACAAUGACUGCCUACAGUCUAACUGUCCUGACAUCAACAACAAUCACUGCCUACAGUCUAACUGUCCCGACAUCAACAGCAAUCACUGCUUACAGUCUAACUGUCCCGACAUCAACAACAAUCACUGCUUACAGUCUAACUGUCCCGACAUCAACAGCAAUCACUGCUUACAGUCUAACUGUCCCGACAUCAACAACAAUCACUGCUUACAGUCUAACUGUCCCGACAUCAACAACAAUCACUGCUUACAGUCUAACUGUCCUGCCAUCAACAGCAAUCACUGCUUACAGUCUAGCUGUCCCGACAUCAACAGCAAUCACUGCUUACAGUCUAACUGUCCCGACAUCAACAACAAUCACUGCUUACAGUCUAACUGUCCCGACAUCAACAACAAUCACUGCUUACAGUCUAACUGUCCUGCCAUCAACAACAAUCACUACUUACAGUCUAACUGUCCUGACAUCAACAACAAUCACUACUUACAGUCUAACUGUCAUGACAUCAACAGCAAUCACUACUUACAGUCUAACUGUCCUGACAUCAAAAACAAUCACUGCUUAAAGUCUAACUAUCAUGACAUCAACAACAAUCACUGCUUACAGUCUAACUGUCCCGACAUCAACAACAAUCACUACCUACAGUCUAACUGUCCUGACAUCAACAACAAUCACUACCUACAGUCUAACUGUCCUGACAUCAACAACAAUCACUACCUACAGUCUAACUGUCCUGACAUCAACAACAAUCACUACCUACAGUCUAACUGUCCUGACAUCAACAACAAUCACUACCUACAGUCUAACUGUCCUGACAUCAACAACAAUCACUACCUACAGUCUAACUGUCCUGACAUCAACAACAAUCACUACCUACAGUCUAACUGUCCUGACAUCAAAAACAAUCACUGCUUAAAGUCUAACUAUCAUGACAUCAACAACAAUCACUGCUUACAGUCUAACUGUCCCGACAUCAACAGCAAUCACUACCUACAGUCUAACUGUCCUGACAUCAACAACAAUCACUACCUACAGUCUAACUGUCCUGACAUCAACAAAAAUCACUACUUACAGUCUAACUGUCCUGGUAUCAACAACAAUCACUGCCUGGACAUUAACAAACAAACAAACAAGCACACACGCAUGCAGACACACACACACACACAUGUCAUAAACAUAUAA